AUGCAAGAAAGUGGCACACCAUUGGCGGAGGCAAACUGUCUUCGUUCUCAGACUAAUCGCCCCAUUAAGAAGAGUGCAUUUUUCGUAUCACAGUCAGGUCGAUAUGGAGUGAUCACUUCAUGUUGUCCUGUAUCUGGUAAGAUCCAUACGAACAGCAAAGAACUGAACCAUCCGCGCGUUCAUAUCUCAUACGAAAGAAGAUCUUUAAUUGGUCCCAAGGCGCGGCUUAGUACCUCAAUUCAAAGGAUGCUUAUCCCUACAUGUAAGCCGGAGGGUUCUACAAUGGGUAAUCAGCUUGGGCCUAGCGUCUCAUCAUACAAGAUAAAAUAUAUAGCUCCUCAGACCCUUAGUCUGCCAUACAUCAUACGUGAAUGUGAGAUGAACGAGCAUCAGAUUCAGUUAAUUGAUAGCUAUCUACGAGUAUUCCAACCGCCGGAGGAAUCGCAUAACGUCAGCUACGUACACAACGUGGCGCAUGUGACUGUUACGACAACUGGUUGGGCCAGAGGGACAUGCCGAGACUCCAACCCUACGGAAGAAGAAUGGACCGAUGCCGGUGGGGUAACCUGCUACAAGUAA